AUGGUACCUGUCGAGAGGGAGGUACUUCCUACUAACUUCCAAGUCAUACAAUAUGAUGUUCAUCUGAAACCAUCUUUCGAAACCUCGAGGUUCGAAGGUGAAGUUAAUGUUCAUCUCGAGGUGUUGGAGUCUACGUCCUCGAUAGUCCUCAAUGCACAGGAGCUACUUAUCGAUCCUGAGGUUACUUUUAAGUAUGAUAAUGAGGUGUUGAUGGCUAAACAAGUGAUAGUAGAUGUUAACAGGACCGAAGUUGAGUUCAAAUUCCCCAAAGAACUCCGUAAAGGAGCUGGUGUUUUAACUGUCAAGUUCGUGGGGACUAAUAAUGAUAAAAUGUGUGGAUUUUACCGGUCUAAGUACACUGAUCUCGAUGGGGAAAGCCAUUAUAUGUUGACGACACACUUUGAAGCGUGGUAUGCUCGUAGGGCUUUCCCUUGUGUGGAUGAGCCUGCGAGGAGAGCUAUCUUUAAGAUUACUAUCACCACUGAAGCUGAUAAACAGGUUGUGUCGAACAUGCCUGUAGCCUCAAGAGAAGUGUUUAAGGGUGGCAAGGAUAACAAGACCGUUUAUCAGUCGGUCGAGUUUAUGCCGACUCUUAAAAUGAGCACUUAUUUGAUCGCAUUUUGUGUGGGAGACUUCGAAUGCGUGCAGAAGAUGACGAAGAAUGGCACGUUGGUUAGAGUGUUGUGCACUCCGGGUAAGAAGUGCUUGAGUAACUUCGCCUUAGAUGUCGGUGUGAGGGCCCUCGAAUGGUACGAGGAAUUCUUCGCAACGAACUAUCCUCUUCCCAAACUGGACAUGAUUGCCAUUCCUGAUUUUGCUAUGGGUGCGAUGGAGAAUUGGGGUCUGGUUACGUUCAGAGAAGUUGAUCUCUUGUGUGAUGCAGAGAAGGCCUCCUUUGCGAGUAAAGAGCGUGUUGCUACAGUUGUAGCACAUGAGCUUUCCCAUAUGUGGUUUGGUGAUCUUGUGACUCUGAGCUGGUGGGAUCAACUCUGGCUGAAGGAAGGAUUCGCGAGGUUCAUGCAGCAUCUGUGUACUGAUCAGGGACUGUUCCCUAAGUGGAGAAUUUGGAACUAUUACAUGACGACGUGUUAUGAGAAGUGUCUGCAGAUGGACAGUCUAAGAUCGAGUCACCCUAUUGAGGUUGAAAUCCACAGAGCUCAUGAUGUUGAACAAGUAUUCGAUGCUAUAUCCUACGAUAAAGGCUCGCAGGUCCUCCGAAUGCUUUAUGCUAUCCUGGGCGCUGAUACGUUCCGUAAGGGCUGUCAGUUGUACACUAAGAAGUAUCAAUAUGGCAGUACGGUUACUGCUCAACUUUGGGAGGCGUUCGAAGAGGCGUCCGGUCAGAAGUUGAAAGAAAUGAUGGCUAGUUGGACUGAGCAAAUGGGCUAUCCAGUGAUCGAAGUCGGCCCAAUCGUUGGUGGCCAUAAAUGCCAUGUGAAGCAGUCCUAUUUCCUUGGUGACGGUUCUGUCCAAGAUGGUGACUCAGAAAAGCAAUGGAUUGUCCCGAUAUUCGUCGGUAGUGACAAGACCCCUGAGGGCGACAACGGUGACCUUACUAUUAUGAAUGAGAGAGAAAUUGAGAUUCCUGUGGAUGCUACUGCGAAAUGGAUCUUAUUCAAGUUUGGUGCUUUGGCUCCCUAUAGAGUGCAGUACAAGUCUACCGACAUGUGGGAAGCCAUUCUAAGAGGCAUCCAAGCUGGCGAGCUCUCAGUGAAGGAUCGUAUUGCUGUUAUUGAUGAUAUUUGGGCAAUGGUCAAGGCCGGUCGGGCUAAACCAGAGGAGGCGGUGAAGACGCUGAAGGUGUUUGCUAAGGAAGAUGAUGCCGAUGUAUGGCAAGCACUGAGAGGCGUUAUAGGUGGUAUGUCUACGUUAUGUAAAGGACUUGGUCAGCUACAAGGACUCAAUCGUUUGGUUGCUGCUAUGGUCGCCCCUGGACUUAGUCGAGUUGGAUGGUUUGCUACGGGGGGUGAGGAUAUCAAAACUCGACAGUUGAGGUGCAAUUUGGUGGCUCUUGCGAGCGUGCAUUGUCGCGAUAAUAAGGAGUAUGUUGGGAAAGCUCAGGAAAUGAUGGAAGACUUCUUCACCGACAAUGCUGGUUUGGCUGACGAUGUCAGACAGUCUGUGUUCCGCUUGGCUCUGGGGGGAUCUGAUGCGGAGGUUUCGGAGAAAUUAUGGUAUAAACUUUUGAAAGUUGCUGAGGAUCCUCAUACACGACAGGGAGUAAGAGUCGAUGCUUUCGCUACUCUAGGGUACGUCACGCAACCUUCAUUGAAGCAGCGUACAUUGGACUGGUCUUUGAGUUCUUCCGUGAAGCCCCAAGACUUCUUCCAGCCCAUGUUAGGUGUUCGAGCAUCGAGUGAAGAGUCGGCCAAGUUGUGUUGGACGUGGUUGGAGGCCAAUUUCCCCGCCGUUUUCGCCCGGGUAUCAACGUCCAGACCCAAUCUUCUCACAAACGUUUUCAACUGCUGUGCUGGAGGCUCUUACAGUGAGGACAUGGCUCAACGAGUGGAGAUUAUUGCUGAUAAAUAUGACCUUAAAAUUGUCGCUAGAGCUUUAUCCCAGCUAUGCGAGUCGAUAAGGUCAACUGCGCGUUUGGUUGAUUCUGCCAAGUCGAGCGUCGUGGCAUCUGCUGAUUUCUGGUCGGCUUUGGUGGAAUUUGAGUGAUAUGACCAC